CAUUACUUCCUGUAGAGUUAGGAAACGCACGUGUGGUUUUCCUCAUUUAAAAUGAGAAAAAAAACAAUUUCUUUAAAUCUGUUUUAGUUUUCAGAUUAUGGUUUCUAUUAAAUAGAAUGUAUUGUGAGGUAUUAUUUUAUAAACUAGUGAUAAGAGGAUCUGUUAAAUUAAUAUAGUCUUUUUUUAGAUAUCUGAAAGUUGUUCAACACAAUAUUUGGUUCGGACUUUUAAUGCAAGAUGGGACCGAGGAGGAGUAAGAAGAGAACCCCAAGUUUUCGCAAAUUGCUGAAAACCAGCAACCUCAAGAUUGAAAACAAACUGAAGAACCGACAGUUCAAGCAGCAGAGCAGCGCGAAGAAGUACCGCAAGGAGCAGAAGAAGCUCCGACAGUCCCUGAAAGAUGCGUCCAGCCGAAUCCCCGCCCCACUGGAACGGUACAAGAAAAGACCAGAGGAAGAGGAAGAUGAGGAGUUUGAGGAAACCCUCCCGGUGGACAUGAUGGAGGAAGACGACCUGGAGCAGAUGAAGGCCUUGGCCCGGAAAGCCUCCUUCCUCACAAGAGACCUCUCCUCCUGCGCACCCGUUCAUGGCAAGAAACGCAAACUGGACAAUGUGGUCGAGAACUAUGAGAAGAUGCCAAGAAAGAUGCAGAAACGGGAGGAAAAGGAAGUUAUUCAUCUCCUGCCAAUCAAAGACAAAACGGGUGUUAUCCCCCAGAGCAUGGAGAAACCAGUGUUGGAGAAAGUGGAAGAGGAGGCAGAAGAGGAAGACACUAAUGCUGAAGAAGUGAGUGUCCCGGAGCCGCUGCCCGUCCUGAGCAGACAGGAGAUGCUGUCCCAGCGCAGGCAGAGGCUGGAGGAGCGGAAGGCACACAUCGCCGAGCUGGGCUCUGCCAUCCUGUCAGAGCCUGUUAAUAAUAUUAAAAAGGUGAAAGAGCUUCGCUCAAUGCUGAUGGAAGUAGACCCUUUUGUUGCUGUGACUGUGCGAAAGCUUGUGAUGGUCUCUCUGAUGGAAGUGUUUAAGGACAUUGUUCCGUCCUACAGAAUCCGUCCUCUGACAGAAGCAGAAAAGGCGACCAAGGUCAAAAAGGAAACCCAGCAGCUGCGAGAGUUUGAACAGGGCUUAGUCAGUCAGUACAAAUUCUACCUUGAGAAUUUGGAACAGACUGUAAAAGACUGGAAACAGAUGAAGAAGAAAAAAAGCGAUGCUGUUUCCCUGAAGGCCUACCGUGGUCUGGCAGAAGUAGCACUGAAAUGUCUGUGUGAGCUCCUGACUGCUUUUCCUCAUUUCAACUUCCACAACAAUAUUAUUGUGAUGAUCGUACCGCUCAUGAAUGACCCUUCUAGAAAGGUGUCAGAUAUGUGCUGUGAAGCAGUGAAAAAGAUGUUAAAACAAGACAAAGUAGGACAGGCCUCCCUAGGGAUGGUUAAAGUUAUCUCUGGCCUUGUUAAAAGUAGAAACUAUGAUGUCAAACCUGAGGUGCUGAAGACUCUUCUUUGCCUGAGAAUAAAGGAGAUGGAGGUCAUGAAGGAUGCUGAAGACGUCGCUCCCAAGAAAAAGUUUAUGACUUUCAAAGAGAAGAGGAAAAACCUGUCCAGAAUGCAGAGGAAGUGGAAGAAGGCUGAGGAGAAACUAGAAAGGGAGCUUCUGGAAGCAGAGGCGUCGGAAAGCAAAGAGAAAAAGAUGAAACUGCACACGGAGACUCUGAACAUUGUGUUCCUGAUUUACUUCAGAAUACUGAAAAAAGCCCAGAAGUCUGUUCUGCUUCCUACAGUUUUGGAAGGUCUUGCAAAGUUUGCUCAUCUAAUAAAUGUGGAAUUUUUUGAUGAUUUAUUGAUGGUGCUACACAACCUUAUAGAAUCAGGGGUUCUUAGCUACCGAGAGAGCCUCCAUUGUGUUCAGACCGCCUUUCACGUCCUUUCUGGUCAAGGUGAUGUGCUGAAUAUUGACCCAUUGAAAUUCUACACACACCUGUACAAAACAGUCCUUAAGCUGCAUGCAGGUGUGUCAAAUGAUGACAUGGUUAUAGUCCUCCAGUGCCUGGACAUCAUGCUGACUAAACGCAGGAAGCAAGUUACACUUCAGAGAGCACUGGCUUUCAUUAAGCGGCUUACCACUCUCUCUCUGCAUGUGCUUCCCAAUUCCACCAUUGGGAUUUUGGCAUCUGAUCGGGUUCUGAUGCAUACAUUCCCCAAGACGGAUAUUCUUCUGGAUAAUGAGUCGCAGGGCAGUGGGAUAUACCUGCCGGAGCUGGAUGAGCCCGAGUACUGUAACCCGCAGAACACAGCUCUGUGGGAGCUGCAAACACUUCAGAGACACUAUCAUCCCAUUGUGCGCAAGUUUGCUGCGCACCUCGCUGCUGGAGCUCCAGUGGAAGGAUCCCGGGCUCUGGACUUGGAGCUGAGCCGAAGGUCAGCUGUUGAUCUUUUUGAGAAUUACAGUGUGAAAGGAAUGACAUUUAAUCCUCCUGUGGCAGAACCGUCUUCAAAGAAGAAGGAUCGAUUCACGAUUGGAGAGGCCGUACUGAAUGCCGAGUUGAAUAAACAGAUUGACGCAGUUCUCGGAGCUCCGUCUGCCUCCACAGUCAUGGACUUCGCAGCACAUGUAAGAAGACCUGAUGGACCCCGUGAAAUGAACAGCUAGCGGGAGGCUGGCAGAGCAUAAGAUACAAUCCUGUCUGUGAAGCUUCCCUGGCUGGUGAAGAGGUGAGAGUGUUGCCCGAGAAAUAGUUUUCAGUGGCACAUCAGUCUCCACUUAAGGCAUGAAAAAUGUACAUUUUUCUCUGUUUCAUGUUAAUAAAUUCCAUUAUAUAUGCUGUGCCGUCUUAAACAUCUGUAUUAUUCUUUUAUUAUGCAAAUUUAAGACCUGGUAAAUGUGGCAUAGGUAAAUUUAAAUGAGGUGAACCAUGAAUUUUACUGAAACCAUUUUACUGUUGAACUCAGGCUCACUUUAACCCCAGUCUUCUUUAUCUUCGUUGUGAUUCCAAAAUCUGCUUAAUUAUUACAUCAAGUACCUGUAACAUGUCAUUGAUGUAAAACAAAAAAGACCUAAGAGUCGUAUACUAGCUAGUCUUCUGUGUUCACAUGUACAGUAUAUAGCAUUCCUGGCCAUUUAUACAUGUGUUACACAGGAGCAUUGAAUUUUAAAUGGACAAAGACUUGGAUGAAGUAAUACUAUAAAUAGUGACCACUUGAACUUUGUGAAACGUCAGAUUCCCAGAUUCAUAUUUUAGCUACACUGUAUCCAAACUUGUAUUAAAAGAACUAUGUAUUUGGAACUGAUAA